AAGCGGCGUGUUUUGAUACGUUGCGAUUUCCAUUCGAGGUGACACAUCACGUGCUUUAAUAAUCACGAGUUAUUUUCUUUCAAAGAGCAGAUAUUGAAUGGUGAACUUAAUUUGACAUUUGAUCAGUAAAUCAUCCAGUGAUAUAAAACAUGUUUUUAUUGGACGUAGUUUAUUAGACAGAAUAGUUCGUUUCAGUUGAACAAACAUUCGAAACAUUGAUUAAUAUGAAUAUAAAGAUCAAUGUUCAUUUGUGCUUACAAAUAAGUGUGUACAUAAACUAUUACGCACAGUGUAUUAAAACAUUUACAUUCAACAGAAAGUUCGACAGUUACAUGAGCGAAGUAAUUAAAGAACAUUUCACGUGAUACAUUUGUAAAAUAAUUAAAGAAACAUUAACCCGUGGUGAAAUGUAUGCUGCCACAUGAAUGCUAGACAUAGAAACAAUGAAUAAAAAUUGCAAAACUAACAUAGCUUCAAACGACAAGUGAAAAAGGAAUGCAUACAAUCAAGGAAUUUUCGGGUCGCAAAAACCAGGACAUACUUUAAAAGAAGGGACUCAUACCAUCAAGAGCCACGUUAUAUCAAAUGGCUCAUUUUAUCAAGAGACAUGUAAAAGCAAACGACGCCUUACAUCAAGAGACGCGGAUAUAAUCAAGAAGUGUUGGUACAACCGAUGGACCUGUGCAAUCAAGAGACGCAGGUAUAAUAGAAAGCUCUGGUAAAUUCAAAAACAUCUGUAAACGCAAGAGUCUAGGGUAAACUCAAGAGAAAUGAAUACUCAACAUACAGUAAAAUUAACAGGUUAUCCUUUUGUUUUGGAACACUUAAAAUAAAUAAAAUUAAGCGUAAUAAAAAUAGAUUCAUUCAACAAAGGACUUGAUUUUAACAUGAGACACGUUUGUCAUAUGUAUGUCCGAGGCGGUAUGAAGAGACGCAUAAAUGAACAGUUAAAAGCUUAGAAGAAGUUUUUUUUAUAAAAACAAAAUGAACGUCGGUCUGUGGAUCUAUCUGGCGAUUAUGUCGCUCGUGCUUCUGUUCGCCGUCCUUGGCAACGCCUUGGUGAUCUACUGCGUGGUCCGCUUCCGGAAACUGCGCUCGGUGACCAACGGUUUCAUCUGUAACCUGUCUGUCACCGAUAUCAUCCUGGCCGGCUUUGUCAUGCCCCAGCGGCUGCACGAUAUCACGCACGUGGAGGACUUCCACGAAGGAAACGCCUUGUGCAAGAUCGUGUACUUCUUUCCGGUGUUCAUUAUCACAAGCUCCAUCUACACUCUCGUCUGCGUCUCCUUCGAGCGCCACCGCGCCAUCAAAGAGUCGCACAAAACUCAGUUGACCUACAGCGGUCUCUAUAAGAUUUGUCCCGCCAUCUGGCUGUUCGGUUUCCUCGUUUCAAUGCCGACUCUUGUCGAGUACCAGGUGAAUCCUCUUCCGCGCAAAGCCGGCGACAACGCGUCACAAGCUCACUACGCAUGCGACAGCACUCACGUGCCACACGGCUACUCCCUCGCGAACGCCAUUACCGUCACUCUGGUGUCAUACGUUGUACCGGUGUUUCUUAUUUUUUUCAACUACAUUCGGGUGUCCAUGUUCGUCUGGAAGAAAGGGAAGCAGGUGAACGCCGCGCCAAAUUCGGCACGCAAUCAGAAUUUCCAGCUGUUCCGGAACCGGAUACGGAUAAUCAAGCUACUAAUUGUUGUCGCCGUGGUUUUUGCAGUCUCAUGGCUUCCCUUCUUCAUCACAUUACUAUAUGCAAAAAUCACCAACAGGGACGCGAGCAGCGACGCCAGCGGCUUCCUCAACCUCUUCCUGUUGGCCAUGGCAACGUUUAGCACCGCCUACAAUAUUGUCCUUUACGUCGUCUACAAUCCGAAUUUCCGGCAAGCCAUACGACAACUACUGCGUAUCAGACUCAAACCCGGCGCCAAGGAUGACCGGGUUGCGACCAUUAUGGGAACUCGGUGUGAUUUCAUCGCAGAGACGCAAAACGUAAACAUAACGCAAGCGGUGUCAAAUGAGCCGAAACGAAAACGGGUCGGCAGUAGUUUUAAUGAGAGCGCACAUAAAAGGGCGUCCGAUUGCUGAUGGUAUGGUUCGUGCAUAAAUGAUGUCAGCCAGCGUUGAUGUGAAACAAUGAAAUAACGUUAAACAGCUCCGGAAAAGCUGCCACGACACCAUCUAUGUGUGGGCUAAUGUUGUUGGUUGUGCUUUGUUAUAUAGCGUACGGAAAACGGCAAACGUAUCACAAGCAAUUUUAAGUCUUCAAUUUUAAAGCAAAAAUAUAGGUAUAUUCCCCUUUUUGUCAACACUUUAUUCGCGAAAUCUUAACCACAACAUGAUUAUGAACGAGGAAAUUUAAUAAUAUAUAUAUUUUUUUACAUUUAAAGGGUCAUGUUUAUUAAAUAUUGAUUAUUUUGAUACAGUAAAUACAAGCCAAGAACGGGCCAAUAUAAACAACUAUUUACUCGUACGGUUCCGGAACAGUGUACACGUUUCUAUUCAUGAAUGGAUAUCGGACUUUACAGACGAAAAUUUAUAACGCUUGAUGAAAACUAAAAUAUCAUGAUAUUCGAUUACGACCUUUGAACAUAUAUGCCACUUGGUUAUCAACAUGUUAUUCUGGUAUGAAAAUUGUGCCGUGCUCUGUGAAAAGGGGGUUUAAUGCCUGUGCGUAAUGUGUCGUCCCAUAUUAGCUUGUGCAUUCCACACAGGCUAAUCAGGGACGACACUUUUCGCUUUUAUAAUAUUUUACGUUUCAAGAAAGUCUCUUCUUUGCAAAUAUCUUGUUUAGGCGGAAAGUGUUGUCCCUGAUUAGCUUGUGCGGACUGCACAGGCUUAUAUGGAAUGACAUUUUUCCAUAUGCACUAAACCCGUUAUUCACAGAGCCUGGCUCAUAUAAUUAUAUGGUAAGAUCGGAUAUACGCUUAAAUAAGAUCACCGUAAGUCAUAAGAGAAAUUGCUCUUACCAUUCUUAUCCAAGAAAUAUGUGUGAAUCAUGGGAGUCUUGUUCUGAGAAAAAUGGGCAUACUGCAUGUGCGUAAAGUGUCGUCCCAGAUUAGCCUGUGCAGUCCGCACAGGCUAAUCAGGGACGACACUUUGCGCCUAAAUUAGAUUUUUGCUAAGAAGAGACUUCAUUUAAUCGAAAAAUGUCAUAAAAGCGGAAAGUGUCGUCCCUGAUUAGCCUGUGCGGACUGCACAGUCUAAGCUGGGACGACACUUUACGAACAUACAAUAUGCCCAGUUUUCUCAGAACGCGACUCAUGGUAUUCGAUAUUCGUUGACCAUAGAGUUCGGAACAAGAACCCUUGAACUAUCGAUCCGAAAUCUGUUCAAUUAAGCUGGAGAGGCACUAUCCCAUGUGUGUACUUAUGUUUAAUUGAUUGCUUGACCGACAGUAUAUAAAAACAAACUUUAUAUUGCCGAGAAAAAUACCAAUAUUCGCCAUCAAAAACUAUAUUUUCGUUGACAUUGAACCAAUUGUGGGAGCUUCAUGUAUUUUCAGUAUGCAUGGUACGGCACAUUUUUUCCUACUUUUACUUGUAUUUGUUACAGUUUUAUAAAACGUUAUACUUUAUAUAUGUAUGGUGUAUUUGUUUCAUGGU